AUGGCAAAAGAUACAAACUAUAUUGAGUUACAGCAGUUUGUGCCGCCAAAUGGUGGGGAACUGGAAUCACCAAAACAAAACCCAAGCAAUGGGAAGUUAACCGCUUUUCAACGAAGAAUUGUUCUUGAGUCUUUAGGGUUGGCACCUGACGCACCGCUUGAAAGAAUACCGCAUCCAAACCAAUAUAUGAUAGAUCGAAUAGAAGAAUUGGAUGUGGAGAUAGCGCUUGGGAUCUUAAGAAACGCAUUGGCUGACCAUAGUGGAGAUGUUAACUUUUCAGAGUAUGACUUAGUGUCACGACUUAUGAAUGGCGCCUCAAGAUACUUAAAGAGUCCUUCUAAAGAUCUGAAUCUGGACCUAAAAGCUGCUUUACGAGAAAUUGAGGAGGAUAAGACGACUAGUGGCAAUGAAUAUCCGGAGUAUGAUGAAAUGGAAAUCAAAAAUGAAGAAGAAUGGGCCAUUAAAGUUAAAAUCCAAGCUGCAUUCAUAAGAUAUCACUCCAUUUAUCCUGAAAUACGUUCAAUUACAGAUCCUUGUGAUGAUGAUGAUACACAUGUUGAAACAUUAAGAGUUUAUGUCAUAGGAUUAGUGUGGACUCUAAUUGGGUCUGUUGUUAACAACUUUUUCGUUCAUAGAAUGCCAUCAAUAGCAUUAGGGCCUCACACUAUUCAAAUUCUUCUUCUUCCAACAGGUAAGUUAUGGGAGAGAUACGUUCCAGAAGUAACUAUAAAAUUAUUUGGUUUCUCUUUUGAUCUCAAUUCGGGUCCUUGGACUUAUAAGGAGAUGAUGCUUGCUACAAUCAUGUAUUCCUGUUCAGCAGGUACUCCAUACGCAAUUUAUAACAUAGUGGUGAUGAAAUUGGAUAAGUUUUAUGGUCUAAAAUGGGUUACUUGGACUUUUCAAUUUCUAUUAGCAUCGUCAACCCAGUUUCUUGGGUUUGGGUUUGCACUUUUGAUGAAAAAAGUUUGUAUUUAUCCGGCAAGAGCACUUUGGCCAACAAUCUUACCCACAAUUGCAUUAAAUAGAGCCCUUAUGAGAUAUAGUGAAUCUUCAGAACGUGACUCACAGUUUAGACUAUCACAAUUCUCGGUUUUCUACCUUGUUUUCGUGGGUAGUUUUUUAUAUUAUUGGAUCCCAGGUUAUUUCUUCACAGCAUUAUCUAAUUUCAAUUGGCCAACAUGGUUCAGUCCAAACCUGAUACAUUUGAUUAAUGUUACGGGAUCUAAUGAAGGUUUAGGGCUUAACCCGAUUCCAUCUUUUGACUGGAACAUUAUUGAUUCCGAUGGUUGUCUUACCAUUCCAUUCUACACCUAUUUAAACAAGUACAUUGGAAGAAUAAUAGGAUUUAUUGUUAUUCUAGUGAUAUACUAUACGGAUAAUAACUGGACAUCCUAUUUGCCAAUCAAUUCUAAUCACCUCUUUGAUAAUAAGGGUAAAGUCUAUCAAAUUCUGAAGAUAUUAGGGAAUGAUAACUUAUUCGAUGAGACAAAGUAUCAGCAAUAUGGUCCACCAUACUUCUCUGCUGCCAACUUAGUUCUUUACGGGGCAUAUUUUUGCUUAUACCCCUUUGCAAUCUUAUACCAUAUGGCCACAGAAUGGGAAUCUAUGAAGCUGGCCUUCAUCAAUAUUUUCCAUACUUUUAGAGAUUCCAUAAGGCCAAUGAACUCCAGCAACAGGGAUGCUAGAUUUGGUAGGUUUUCUGAGGACCCCCAUUGUCAAAUGAUGAGCAAAUAUGAGGAAGUUCCUGAUUUAUGGUUUCUUGCAGUUUUAAUCGUUAGUACCGUGUUUGCUGUACUUUGUGUUUCCUUAUAUCCCACAGAAACUCCCGUAUGGGGAGUCUUUUUUACAAUUGGUAUUAACCUAGUGUUUUUGAUUCCAAUUACUGCUAUUUGUUCCGUUACUGGGUUUCUGUUUGGUCUAAAUGUCUUGGUAGAAUUGAUUGUGGGGUACGCGAUUCCUAAUUCAGGUCUCGCAUUGAUUACAUUGAAAUCAUAUGGUUAUAACAUUGAUAACCAAGCUAGCAAUUACAUUACGGAUCAAAAGUUGGCCCACUACACAAAACUUCCCCCCAAAGCGAUUUUCAAGGGCCAAUUACUUUCGACCCUUUUAAGUGUAUUCAUUUCCUUACUUAUAGCUAAUUGGCAGAUUGACAAUAUUCCUGAUUUAUGUGAGAGUAAUCAGGCGGAUAAGUUAAGUUGUCCUGGGGCCAAUACCUUUUUUUAUGCAAGUAUUCAAUACGGAGAGAUUGGGCCAGCAAAAGUUUUUGGAGGGUUGUAUCCUGUUUUGAAAUGGUGUUUCCUUUUAGGGGCAAUACUAGUUAUUCCUUGUGCUUUAUUCAAGAAAUAUGGUCCAACUAAUCUUGCAAAGUAUUUUCAACCAACAAUUAUUAUUGGUGGUCUUCUCGGAUAUGCACCUUAUAAUUUGAGUUAUGCCACGGGUGGGUUAUAUUUCCUGUAUUUUUUCAUGUACUACGUGAAGAGGCAUUACUUACUUUGGUGGGAAAGAUAUAACUACAUUUUGACACUGGCACUAUCAGCUGGGGUCGCGUUUAGUGCACUUUUGGGGUUUUUCAUCUUCCUGAUCACCGGUUUCAGUUUAGAUUGGUGGGGUAACACUAUAUCUGAUCGAGGAAUAGAAGGACGAAAAGGGCAACUCGCCUGGCACAACGUAACUGAUGCACCUGAUGGUUAUAUUGGAUUACGGUAUGGAUCUUUCCCAUAA